AUGUCUCAAUCUGAAUUAGAGAUUUCUGAAAUGGAGAAGCGGUUCUACUUCCAGAAUGGACUUCGUGCUGAAACAGCUAAGAAGGUGAAAGAAUUCAUCGGCAAAAGUCAAUACGGGUCCAGCCACUUCGAAGCCAUCUACAAGCUCCAAACCACCCCACGGGAAUCCGAAAUAGUCGAUGGAUCGGAAAAUACUUCAAAAGGUGCUGGAUCAUAUCAAACGCAAUGUAAAUCGACCAAGGAAACCAAUCAUUAUGUGAGUGUGUCGUUCUACGUAAUUCUCGAAGUAAGUGCGUGGGCUUCGAAGCAGUCGGAACUGCCGACCGCAGUGUCUAGUUUUGUAGACAAUGGCAGCAGUCUAAACGGAGUCAUUGAAGAAUUAGCAAAUCAACUUCAGCUGGACAUUAUUGAACAUCCACACAACUUAAUGACGGUUAUGUUGGGCUACAACCAGGCCGUACAACGUCCAAAGCGUACAGUCGAGAUGAAACUCCAAAUCCCUAAUUUCCCGGAAACGUGUGAGGCUUUCACGGUCAUGCCUGUGCCAGAAGGAAAAGACGUUGUGCUGGGAAUGAAGUGGUUGCAAGAGAACAAUCCUGACAUUGAUAGGGAACAACUACGCAAGGGCAAGUGCGCCGAAGCGGUGUUUGCUGUUAAUCCACACGACUCUGAAAAGGCCGAACGUUUUAACCAACAAGGAUGGGACGCGUUAGUCGAAAAUCCAGCGUAUGAAGCCCUGGUCAAGUACCGCGAUACGGUGUUUCGCACUGAACUACCUAGUUCGACCCCUCCCGAUCGUGAGGGCAUCGAACAUGAAAUUCAGCUCUACCCUGGAGCACAAUCUAUUUCGGUGAAGCAAUGGCGCCAAAGCCCUAAACAACGCAAGGUGAUUCAAGACUGGACAAAAGAGAUGGUUCAGGCUGGAAUAAUUCGUCCCAGCACAUCGGCAUUUUGUGCGCCUACGUUUUGCGUUAAAAACCGGUUGGGUGGCGCAUUGUCCACGAUUAUCGCCAACGUAACAGUGCAACUAUUUUUGCCUGCUACUUCAAUGCCCAGGAAGGAAGACACAUAUUCCAUUACGGCGUUUUCGACCCCCAACGGUCUCUUUGAGUAUCUUGUCACUCCAAUGGGUUUGAGUGGAAGCCUUGGCACGUUUAACCGUUUGAUACAGCGUGUUUUUAGUGACUUGCAUGAUGUCAUGCGCAUAUACUUUGAUGACAUUUACGUGUACACGCAAGAUCAAGAUGUCCAGAAGCAUGUAGAUGCUCUGGAGCGAGUGCUUAUGCGCUACCAAGAACAGCAAUUGUAUGUGAAGCUGUCAAAGUGCCAAAUUUGUGCUAAAGAAAUCCCUUGUCUUGGUGAUUUCGUUGGUCGUAACGGUGUGCGCAUGGUUCCAGACAAAGUACGUAUUAUCAAGGAAUGGCCCGUGCCACGGACCAAGAAACAGAUGGAAAGUGUUUUUGGGUACGACAGUUUUGCAGGCCCGUUGCAUGAGAGUACUAAGGGUUUACGCCCGAAAGAAACCUUGCAUCUUACUGAUCAUCAACUUAAGUGUUUCGACGAACUUAAACGUCGACUUUCAACACUUCUAGUAUUACAACUUCCUGAUUUCGACAAAUCAUUUGCUAUCCGCAUGGAUGCCUCAAACUUUGCCAUAGGGGGAGUUUUGUUUCAAAACGAGGGAGGGUUGGAACAUCCAAUGGCAUAUACUGGUCGGAAGAUGAAACCUGUGGAACUGAACUAUGCUGUCCGAGAACAAGAACUGCUAGCUAUCAUGCAUGCACCUCGGGUUUGGCGCGUGUAUCUACUUGAUCGCCCAUUCACAUUCGAGACUGAUCACAAGAGUAUUGAGACUAUCUUGACGCAGAAGACAACAAACCGUCGUGUUGCUCGAUGGUUUAAUGAGCUCGCGGAAUUCCAUCCCCAAUUCAAGUGGAUUCCUGGGGACAGUAAUCAGGUUAGCUUAAGUGAACUAAUUGAAGCUGCGCGCAACAGGGAAAUAGUUGCCAGUAUCCAGACUACGAGUGUUACAGUAGCCCACUCGGCUAAACAACUUUACUCUACGGACAUUCGUGUUCAAAAGAUAUUGCAGAGUAUAGGUAGUGGUAAAGAGGUACCACGAUAUUCUGUGAACAAUGGAGUACUUUACUACCAAACACGCGAUGGUGUAAACUCGCGACUGGUGAUUCCGGAUAAUGAAGAUAUGAAGAACCGUAUUAUUUGUGAAAACCACGACGUGGUCACGGCAGGUCACCCUGGGUACUUCAAGACAUACUUAGGUGUCCAGAAGAAGCACUACUGGCUCAAGAUCUCAAAGUAUAUACAGCGCUACGUGAACAUAUGCGAGCUUUGUCAGCGCAAUAAAGCACGCCAAACAAAGCCUCCUGGACUCCUUCAGCCAUUGGAGAUUCUAGAAGGGUUGAUAUUUCGAUGGCCUUCAUGA